CCGCUAACUGAAAGUUGUCAGUUUGUCGGUCCAUCCAUGGUGCCGAUGCGGAGCACUGAAAACGACGUAAAGAUUUCUAAAUUGGAACAAACAAAGCUUACUAUUCUCCUGCCUAACUUAAACGCCGAAGGACCGCAGUCAUCUUCCAGGCCCUGUCUCUUUGUAACUUUGGGCAGCAGACAUGUCUGGCAACUGCGAUGACUCCAUGAUCGAUGUUUCCAGUGACAGUUUCUGGGAGGUCGGUAACUACAAACGAACAGUUAAACGGGUCGACGAUGGUCACCGGCUUUGUAGUGACCUCAUGACUUGUCUUCAUGAGCGUGCACGUAUUGAAAAGUCUUACGCGCAACAGCUCACAGAAUGGGGAAAACGUUGGCGGCAACUCAUAGAGAAAGGCCCUCAGUACGGUUCGUUGGAGCGAGCAUGGGCGGCCUUGUGCACCGAGGCAGAGAAGGUUAGCGAGCUCCACAUGGAGGUGAAAGCUCAACUGAUGGGCGAAGACUACGAGAAGCUGAAGAACUGGCAGAAAGACGCCUACCACAAACAGAUGAUCGGUGGCUUUAAGGAGACUAAAGAAGCUGACGAUGGAUUCCGCAAAGCACAGAAACCUUGGGCCAAGAAACUAAAAGAGGUGGAGACGAUGAAGAAAACGUAUCACGCUGCCUGUAAAGAAGAGAAGUUGGCAUCCAGCAGGGAAUCCAACAGUAAGCUGGAGAGCAACAACAAUCCUGAGACUCUGAAGAAACUCCAGGAAAAGGUGGAGAAGUGUCAGCAGGAGGUGCAGAAGACUAAAGAACGUUAUGAGAAGUCUCUAGAGGAACUGGACAAGUUGACGCCUCAGUAUAUGGAGAACAUGGAGCAGGUGUUUGAGCAGAUGCAGCAGUUUGAAGACAAAAGAAUUUGCUUUUUCAAAGAGCUGCUUCUUGAGGUGAAGCAGCACCUGGACCUCUCGACCAAUCACAGGUUUCAGACCAUCUACCACACAUUGGCAGAUACAAUCACUGCUACUGAUGUCGAAGAGGACCUGAAAUGGUUCCGGUUCAAUCACGGCCCUGGUAUGCCCAUGAACUGGCCUCAGUUUGAGACUUUGGACUCGUCUCAUCUUGCCUCCUUUAGGAGAAGGUCCAUUUUAGACUGGUCCAUAGACAUUAACAGAACCCUCAGCAGGCGAGAAAAGAAGAAGCCCGAGGGCGUCACACUGACGGGCAUCAAUCAGACUGGGGCAGACCAGCCGGUUCAGGCUGCCAAGACGAGCAGCAGCCUGACUGUGCCCACUAACACAGCACCAGUGGGCUCAAACCCAUUUGAAGAAGAUGAAGAUGAGGAGGAGAUGGCUGAGGAGCCAGAGACCACAGUCAUCAGCAUCAGUGUCAAUAAAGAGGAAAUAAAAACUGCGAGCAGUACAGAAAAGACCCCAGACUGGUCUGAUGAAGACACUGCUGGAAACCCUUUUGCCGCCAACGGUGACGGAAAUCCAUUUGAGGAAGAGCCAGCCUCUCUGGUCAUAUCUGUGCCCGUCAAAGCCCUGUAUGACUAUGAAGGGCAGGAACAGGAUGAGCUGAGCUUCAAAGCGGGCGAUGAAUUUACCAAAAUUGGUGAAGAGGAUGAUCAGGGUUGGUGCAAAGGGCGUCUUAAGGAUGGACAUAUCGGCCUCUAUCCAGCUAAUUAUGUGGAAGAAAUCUAACGAUGGAUUAUUGCUGACGUAAAGAAUAGUUUAUGAGAAAUGACCCUAUAGAUGGAAUUGCAGAGUUUAGUUUAUACCUCUCUUAUUGCGAGGACUGUUUUUUCCAGGUUUUGUUGUCAUACAGGCUGGCCUUCUUGCAAAACAAAAUUGGAAAUGAUCACAUUUCCAGAUACAAAUCUAGAACGAUUUCCUCACAGUUGCUGUCAGAAUAGAAAAAAUACCACGUUACUUAACACCCUAUUUUUUUGCUGUUACAGAAAAAGCACGUCUUGGAUGAGACUCACUCGUGUGAAUUUAUGUAUUGUUAAAAGACACUGGGAUGAAUGUCUGAUUUUUGUCAUGAAAUAUGAUAUCUAGCCUUAAUAUGCAAAUUUCUUUUAAAUGUAUUAAGGCCGACAAACCGUUUGAUUACCAGAAUGAACUGUUACUGCCAGUAGAUCUCAGUCUUAUUAGUGUUUAAUUUUUGCCGAAAUAAGCCUUCCACGCAAGUUUGUUUUCCAGACUUUUUUUAAAUUUUGUAUUAACAUCACUCAUUUCUUUCAGGGUUCAUAAUUUUGCCGUUUAAAAACGACUCAGCUUACGAGAAUGAUAAAGAUCAUUAUGGCCUUUACAUUUUCAUUCAUGGCGGGUUUUCCUCAAGUCGAUGCAGAUGAAUGUAUAUUAACAGAUAUUUCUCUUUCUUUGGCUGUUCUCUUGUACUGAAAUGAGCUAUUUUAACCACUGAACUGUUGUCCUUAAAUGACUGUUAUCCACAAAUUUUGAUUUAUAACAAAUUAGAUUGUUAUGGUUUAUUUUUUCAUGCAACACUGAAUUUAUUUUCUUCUCAAGCUGUUCGACUCACUUGAAUCUUCAUAAUUUUAGCUCUCCCUCAUUUGACCAAAUGUCAUGUAAUGAGAGAGUGUUUUAGUGUUUGUUUUGAAAACAUAUUCUGAGUUUUAGGUAUAAAUGCAUGCGUGUAAAUAGGCAGGAAAAUAAAACGUUUUCAGCAAUGCAUUCAGAUGAAAUGCAGUGAGAAAUUAGUGAUUAUUUAUGAAACAAAAGUGCUUGUGUAGUACACAUUCUAAAAUAAUGUGUUAGAAAAUUACUUUGUACAUUAAUUGAUAAUUUUAUGGCAAAUAUUCCUUACAUUUGUUAUUUUGUUAUAUUGUAAAUAAGAUGAUCCUUUCCCUUUACUACAGUGGCCGUUUGAGUUAAAUUAAAUUCUGUUAAUGAAAAAAGGAACAAAACUAUAUUCCCUAAACACACAUUUCUAAACUGCUUCUGCGUGGAAGAACUGGAGGCAUUUUACAAACUUCUAAUUCACAUACAUACAAUGUAAACCCAAGAAUCUCUAGAUUAUUUCCCUUGGCAGUCAGAAAUUGUUUUCUGGGUUUGCUGCUAUUAAAUACAAGGUAGCAGCUAUACUUGCACAAUAAAUGUACGUGUUUCACUGCAUAAUAAAUGAAUUUAUUGGAAAAAUG